UCACCAAGUACGAAAGUAGACUCCCAGUCUGGCCGCUGAGCAGUAAGGCAUCUACCCGCAUACUGGUGCUAAUCCUACCAGUGUGUGUCUGAGUGUUUUGUUUUUUUUAGACAAAAUGGACUCUGAUCCAGAUCAAAAAGAGAAGACAGGUGGAGCCUCCCAAAGGAGUGUGUCCUCUUACAGAUCCAGAUGGACACCAAAGAAUUCAUGGCUCAGAUCCACACUGAAGAUGAAGUUUCAGCAUUUGGUUGAGGGAAUACCUCAUCAGGGGGAAGCCAGACUCCUCCAUGAGACGUACACGGACCUCUAUGUCACAGAGGGGGGAAGAGGAGAGGUCAAUGAUGAACAUGAAGUCAGGCAGAUAGAGAGAGCAUCCCAGAUAGAAGUAGCACAAGGCAGACCAAUCAAAUGCAGUGAUAUCUUUAAGUCCUCAUUGGAAGGAGACAAUCAGAGUAAAAGGUGGAGAUACAUCAGAGACAUCUUUAAAUCUACACACAGACAACACAGACCCAUCAGAAUGGUGCUGACAAAGGGAGUGGCUGGAAUUGGAAAAACAGUCUCUGUGCAGAAGUUCAUUUUGGACUGGGCUGAAGGAAAAACAAAUCAAAACAUCCACUUCAUAUUUCCUCUUCCUUUCCGAGAGCUGAACCUGAUGAAGGAGAAAAAAAUGUGCUUGAUGGAUCUUGUUCAGAUAUUUUUCCCAGAAAUAAGAUCUCACAAAAUCUUCACCAAUUCAAGACACAGAAUCAUGUUCAUCUUUGAUGGUCUAGAUGAGUGUCGACUUCCUUUAGAUUUCCGCUCCAACCCAAAGUACUGUGAUGUCACAGAGCCAGCCUCAGUGGACGCGCUGAUGACCAACCUCAUCAUGGGAAAUCUGCUUCCCCGUGCUCUCCUCUGGAUCACAACCCGACCAGCAGCAGCCAAUCAGAUCCCUCCUGAGUAUGUGGACCAGGUAACAGAAAUAAGGGGAUUCAAUAACCUACAGAAAGAAGAGUACUUCAGCAAGAGAAUCCAAGAUGAGGACCUGGCUAACAAAACCAUCUCACACCUGAAGUCAUCUAGGAGCCUCUAUAUCAUGUGCCACAUUCCAAUCUUUUGCUGGAUUUCAGCCACUGUUGUGGAGAAAACAUCAGAAGAGUCAGAGAAAGUAGAAAUGCCACGGACUCUCACACAAGUGUACACACACUUCCUGGUCAUUCAGACUAGCAUAAAAAAUGACAAGUACACAGACAGAAAGGAAAGAGAUGAUGAUAUGAUUUUGAAACUUGGGAAAUUGGCUUUCCAACAGCUGGAAAAGGGCAAUCUGAUCUUCUAUGAGCAAGACCUAAGAGAGUGUGGUAUUGACAUCACAGAAGCAUCAGUGUACUCAGGAGUAUGUACUCAGAUCUUCAAAGAAGAGGCUGGGCUUAACCAAGUGAAGGUGUUCAGCUUUGUGCAUCUGAGCAUUCAGGAGUUUCUUGCUGCUUUAUACGUGUUCCUGUGCUUCAACGACCGAGAAGGAAACAUGUCUGACCAAAAGCAAACCUCUCAGCCCUCUUCUCUGUUCAGAGCUACAACACUUCAUGACGUACACAAGGCCGCAGUGGAUCUGGCCUUACAGAGUGAGAAUGGACACUUGGACCUUUUCCUCCGGUUCCUUCUGGGCCUCUCACUGGAGUCCAAUCAGAAUCUUUUAAGGCACCUUCAUCUACUGACAAGAAGCCAGUCACAGAGCUCAGAGCAAACUGUGCAGUACAUCAAACAGAAGAUCAGAGAUCAGAACUCAUACAGAAGGAUCAACCUGUUCUAUUGUCUGAAUGAGCUGAAUCACCAUGCUGUAGUGGAGUAUACUGACAGGAGCUCAGAGAGUCUUUCAGUAGUCACGCUCUUACCGGGAAAAUGGAGGGUUAGGAAAUUUGAGUUUAAGAUGUCAGAAAAGCAGCUGGAUGAGUUUGACUUGCAGAAGUAUAUAAAGACGCCAGAGAAAGAUCUGACUGAGCUCCUCAGCCCAGAUGAAGUUCUUCAGAAGCUACUGCCAGUGGCCACAGCAUCCACAUCAGUUAUGCUGAGGCAGUGCUCCCUCACAGAGAAAAUAUGUGCUGCUCUAGCAUCAGCUGCCAGCUUAACCUCCUGGAGUUUGAAGGAGCUUUUACUGAGUGGCAAUCAACUUCAUGAUGCAGGAGCUCAGCAUCUCUCAGACCUUAUCAUUAAUCCCCACUGCACACUGGAGAAACUAGUACUGGAGCGCUGUUCCCUCACAGAGAGGAGCUGUGCUGCUAUAGCAUCAGCAGCCAGCACAAGUCCUUGCAGUUUGAAGUACCUGAGCCUGAGUGAGAAUAACAUCAGUGAUGCUGGAGUUCAGCAUUUUUCAGACCUCCUCAACAGUCAUCACUGCAAACUGGAGAAACUUGUGCUGUUUCGUUGUUUACUCACAGAGAAGAGCUGUGCUGCGUUAGCGUCAGCUGGAAGGUCCACACCCUGCAGUUUGAAGGAACUUAACCUGAGUCACAAUGAGCUUCAUGAUGCAGGAAUUCAGCACAUCUCAGACCUCCUAAAGAACCCCCACUGCAACCUGGAAAAUCUAGUGCUGGGUAAUUGUUCAUUAACAGAGAAGAGCUGUGCUUAUUUAGCAUCAGUUGCCAGCUCAACCUUCUGCCGUUUGAAAGAGCUGACCUUAGGAAGCAAUGAGCUUCAUGAUGCAGGAGUUCAGCAUCUGUCAGACCUCCUCAGGAAUCCCCACUGUAAAUUGGAGAAACUAGUGCUGAGUGGCUGUUCCCUCACAGAGAAGAGCUGUGCUGGAUUGGCAUCAGCUGCCAGCUCAGUCUCCUGCAGUCUGAAGGAGCUGAAUCUGAGUGACAAUGACCUCCAUGAUGCCGGAGUUCAGCAUCUCUCAGACCUCCUCAAGAGUCCCCACUGCAAACUGGAGAAACUAGUACUUGGGGCUUGUUCCCUUAAAGAUGAGAGCUGUCUUGCUUUAGCAUCAGUCGCCAACUCAACCUCAUGUAGUUUAAAGGAACUGAUCCUGAGUAAGAAUGAUAUUCAUGAUGCAGGAGUUCAGCAUCUCUCAGACCUCCUUAGGAAUCCACACUGCAAACUGGAGAAACUCGAUUUGAGUUGGUGUUCUCUCACAGAGAAGAGCUGUGCUGCAUUAGCAAUAAGUGUCGGCCCGGCCUUCUCCAGUUUGAAGGAGCUUUAUCUGAGUGACAAUGAUCUCCAUGAUGCCGGAGUUCAAUGUCUGUCUGACCUCCUCAGCAAUCCCCACUGCAAACUGGAGAAACUAGUGUUGUGCCGUUGUUCCCUGACAGAGAAGAGCUGUGUAGCUUUAGCAUCAGCUGUUAGCUCAACAUCCUGUAGUUUGAAAGAGUUGAACCUGAUUGACAAUAAGCUUCAUAAUGCAGGAGUUCAACACCUCUCAGACCUUCUCAAAAAUCCCAACUGCAAUCUGAGGAAACUACUAGUGGAUGUCCGUAUCUUCACAAAGGAGACUCCACCACCAGCCUCCACUAGCUGCCCACAGUCCUCAGAGGCUGCAGAGCUGCACCUCAGAGACCAAACCCAGCAGGAUCCAGGAGUGGAGCUGCUCUCUGUGGACACUCCAAAGCAGAGAUGGAGCUGCCGGUCCUGUGCCCACAUCACAGACCCUGCACACUGGACUCUGGUGGCCCCUUCCAUCUCCAUGGAGAACGGUGGGUGUGUGUACAACAUGAGCUCCCCUGCAGGAAGCUAUGAGUGCUCAGAGUCUGGUCUGCGUUGGGUGUGUGCGGGUCCAGUUGCCCUCCAGUACCACUUCAGCAAGGAAGAGCUGUUCUGGGCUCAGCUGCAGAUGUUACGGUACCAGCCCGCUGGUCCUCUGAUGGACAUCAAGCUUCUGUCAGGCGAACUGGAAGAGGUCCAUCUGCCCCACUCCCUCUGCCUGGGUGGUUCUGACCCGGCUGUGCUGGGAGGUGCAGUCAAGUUCCUGCACAGCGAUGACAGUGACAGUGGCGUUUCCCUGGAGACGUGUGAGCUGAGUCGUUUCCACGGCAAGCUCCCGGGGCAACGGUUCUCUCUCUGGCAGCUGGCGGUGAGUCUGGGCAUCCCAGUAAAAACCCACUGCGAGGUCCUGAUCUACCAGUCUUGCCCUCGACCCCUGGUCCUCAACGCCUUCCUGGUGCCCACGCCCUCCACAGCCAGGCAGGUGGUGGAGGAGAGGAUGAAGAGCCGGGGUGCCCUCAGCAUCUUCAAGCCACCCCCUGAUGACUCCCUCUGGGUCAGUUCCAGAUUUCAGCUCUGCACCUCCUGCUCCUCGGUGAUCACUCCCUCGGCGAUGACCCUCAGCUACAACACCUCCCCAACCUUCUUCGAGGUGUGUCUGGAGAACCCACUAAAGAACUUCAACAUGGAGCUUAGAACCAGUGAAGGGAACCAGUCUGUUUGGACAGCUGUCAUGUGGCAGGGAGCUGACUACCUCCGAACUUCAAACCACCUUACGGAGCCUUCUGACGCACACACAGGUCGGAGCAGGAAUCAGAAUAUGGCUUCUACAAUAGAUCUUCACCAAUUCCAGAGAGACAUAAACAUUGCAACAAAUACUCAAGAGGCAGCAGCGUUUGUGGACAGGUACAGAGCUGAGCUCAUUGGCAGGGCGCGUAACGUGAUGCCCAUCGCAGAUGCGCUGCUCUCCAAAGGACUGGUCCACCCUCAGAAGUAUUCAGAGAUCAGAGCAGCUGCCACCAGUGAGGCAGUGAUGCGAGAAAUCUAUGAGUGUCUGCGCUCAGCUGGAGCCGAGGGGAAAGCAGCCUUCUAUGGAGUUCUACUGCAGGAGGAGCCACACCUGCUCAAAGACCUGAGUACACCUGGCAUAUAGGUGUGGGUGGCAAUAGCCUACCUAGUUCUGCUGUGGAUAUUAAAUCGAGGGCUGAGAAGCAAGAGGUCGUAAGUGACAUUUUGGUCCAAAUCCUACAUGAACACAUUAAUUCCUAUUGCUUAGUCCACACGUAUACUGUAACAUCAGAUUUUAACAAUAAUUUAAAUGAAAUGUAUCAAUUAAAUUAAAUGUGUGGUAA